GUCAUCAUUGUCAUCUCAAUUGUGACAUCUUGCUGACUGAUGAGAGUGGUUUGUGAUGUGAUUAAAUAAAAAAGGUUUAUUUUAUGCCUAUGUAACGUGCAGAUGUCCACAACUAAAACUCAAACUAAAUAAUGAAAUAGCACGACCAGCCAUUUACCAUGGAUCAGCAAGAAACAUCGAGUCAAGAUAGUAGUCUGAAGAAGAUUUCAAUUGAUGAAUUGAGCAGAGAUGAAUUAAUCAAUAAAUGCAAAGGAUUUCUAGUAAUAGCUCAAAAAGCUAAACUUGCCAAGACAGAGUUGCAAAAUGAACUUGAUGGGUGCAAAAAGCUUGUGGAAAAAUAUGAAAAAGAAAAAAAUGCCAGUUCAGAGAAUAUCAAAACCCUACAAGAACUGGUUGACUCACUGACAGAACAAAAACUGAAUUUUAUAACUGAAGUUGAUUCAGCCCAAUGCAAGAUUAAAGCACUUAACAAUAAGUGUGUAAGUUAUGAGGAAGACAUAAAUACAUACAAAAGUGAUUUGAUUGUGAAAGAUAAUGUAAUAGCUGAAAUAAAUCAAAAGUUAUCUGAUCUUGAUAUAGAAGUUACUUCACUUAGAAGGCAGAACAAUCGGUUAUUGGAAGAAAACGAACAACUGUUGAGUCAACUCACAGAGUUUGAAUCUAGAGCUGCUGAGUUCAAUAAUAUUGGAAUGCAACAGAGAGAACAACUAAAAAUUUUAGAAGAGAGUGUCCAUUCAGAAGAGCAAUAUAAAACUGAAAUUGAAGAGUUGAAGAGUCAAAUUAAAGUUUUAGAAAAUAAAAUUCAAAGUAAUGUAGACUUUGAAGCAAAAUUUAUUGAAGCAAAUGAAUUGUUUGAGUCUGAAAAGGCUAAAAAAGAAAAGGCUAAUGUUAAAUUGAGGAGUUAUAAAGACAAAAUAUUAAAGUGUGCUGCAUGCAUUAAUCAAUUGAAAAAUUCAAGAUUCAUAUUGGCAAAAACUGUCAAAGAAUAUUCUGAAAACAUUCCUAAAUGGCAAAAUGAUAUCAUUAAUGCAUCAAAAGUACUUGAUAAUCAGAUCAAUGAACUUAACAGUGAAAAUAUUACUUUGAAAGAAAAACUUGCAGAACUAGAAAAACAGCUAAAUGAAUUGAAACAAACAAAUAUGGAGAACAAUGUUAUUGAUACACAAAUAUCUGUUUUAACUCAUGAGAACCUGGCAUUCAAAGACAAAGUAUUUGAUUUAGAACAACAAUUAAGGAGUAGUGGUGAUGAAAUUACCAAACUCAAACUUGAUAUAGAUGACAAAACAAAUAAACUGGAAGAGUAUAAAUUACAAGAGGAAAGGUUUAAUGAGUGCAAUAUUAAAUUAGUUGGAUUAAAUAAUAAAUAUACUGAGCUUGAUGAAGACGUAAAAACUCUGAAACAAGAAAAUAAAAAAUUACAUGACACACUCCUUAGCCAAGGUCGAAAUAAUGAAGAACUUGAGACUCUCACUCUACAGAUAAGAGCUUUAGAAAGUGAGAAAUCAACUUUAGUCAAAGAGAAACUUAAUGCUAGGGACAAUGUCAUUGAUCUUGAAAAACAAGUUGCGGAAUUGAAAGACAAACUUGAUGAAACAAAAACUGAAUUACAGUCUAUGAAAUCUCAGUUAGAUUUACUGAAUCAAGAAAAAGCUGCUUUUGAGACUAAUUUCAAAGCUGAAAAAGAAGGUGAGAUAAAUAUGUUAAAGUCUAAUUUGAUGGCUCAGCAGGAACAAUUUAACUUGUUAAAGAAAGAGCAUGAAGAUUUACAAGAUUUAAAUAGCCUUUUGAAAGAGGAAGUGGAUACUCUUAAACUUUCGUUGGAACAACCCAAAGAUGAUGCUGAUUUAUCAGAUCUGAAUGUCUCUUUACAAGCUGACAUUGCCAAAUUAGAGACUAAGUUAGCUGCUUAUAAACAAGAAAAUGCAUCUCUUUUGUCUGAAAUAAAAGAUGCACGAAACAAAUCCAAAGAAUUUGACAGUCUUAUUGUUGAAUAUGAAGAUGCCAAAUCAAAGUUGGGCAGUUACAAGUCAGAAAAUACUGAAUUAUUGAAUGAAAUGAAAGAAAUCAAUCAAGUAUUGAAGGAACGUGGCGAAGCAAUAUCUAAGCUUCAAAAAGCUGUAUCUGAAAUGGAAAAGUUAAUAGAGACCUUAGAGAAAGACAGGGAUAAUAUGAAUCAAGAAAAAAUGGAAUUACUUAAAAAGAAUGAAGGACUCCAAAGUGAUUUAAAAACUGCAGAGCAAAAGUCAAACGAGAAGACUGAAACUGCCAAUCAAUUAAAUGUUGAUGUUGAUAAUGCCAUGAAAGCUCUGUCUAAAAAAGAUGAAAUAAUAGCAUCUUUAAAAGAAGAAAUAGACAAACUGAAACAACAAAAUAUGACAUCAGCAGAAUUACCAAAUGAAGACAUGUCAACUUCAACUAUAUCUAAAGCAGAGGAACAUUCUCGAAUGAAAGAUUUAGAUGAAACAUUUGAAGAGAAAUAUACUAAAUUAAGGAUAUUUGCUCUAAAGCUUAAAAAGAAAUUGAAUGAGACUAUUAGUCAGAUGCAACAGACAGAAAAAGACAAAGCCAAGCUCGAAAAAUUGUUGAAUGAGAGCAAAUCAGGUAACCAUGUAGAUGAAGUGGACAGUCGUCAAACAGAUAACACUACUCAUGCAGCCGAGAGUAAGGAACUAGAAGAAAAGGUGAAAUCUUUAAAUGUUGCUCUAGAAGCGACUAAAAAUAUUACUUCUGAAUUAGACAAGUUGAAAGCGGAAUUAGCAUUGAAAACUCAACAACUGGCUACUGAAGUGGAAGCACAUAAAGUAACAAAGGAUAAUCUGGAGAAAGCACGACGCGAUGUCAAGAAGAAGAAUGUAUUAAGCCUUGAAAUGGAAGAUUACGAACGGUCGAUGAAAGAGCUUUCUACAAAGAUGGAGGAGAGUAAGAAAAAAAUGAUGCAGAUGGAGUCAACAAUAGACACACAAGAAGGAACAAUCACAGCAAUGCGAACGCAAAUAAAACUGCUAGAGGAACAAAUUAAGACUGAGGAAAGGCAAAACAGGCUUGUCAAGGAAGAACUACAAAACGCUAUUGAAGAUGGAAAAGAAAAAGACAAUCUGAUACAAGUGAAAAACACAGUCAUAUCUAAAUUGGAACAAGAUUUAGAAGACGAAAAGAGAAAGAAUGAGGAAUCUGAUUUAGAGAUGACGUCUAUAAUAACUGACAAAGAAAAAAUUAUAAUGUCUUUAGGUGAAGAUAAGGCAGAGCUUAACAAUAAAGUGAAAAAAUUGGAAUUCAAAUGCUCUGAUUUGAAUGAAAAGUUGAGAAUUCUCAAUAUAGAAUUGGCGGAUUUGAAAACUGAGUAUACAAGUUACAAGGUUCGAGCUCAGGCCGUUUUGCGACAGAAUCAGACUGUCGAUCAUAGUCAAGAAGAACAGCUGAAAGAAGAGGCGGCUGCACUGAGAGCACAGAUAGAAAUACUAACAGCUAAACUUGCGACGGCUCAGGAGCAAAUAACAGAGAAAACAUCGGAAGUGGAGAGCACAAGGAGACGGGCGGCGGAGGCCACGAAUGAAGCGGCGCGCGCGCAGCAGAGAACUUCACGACUACAAGCUGAUCUCAAUCGACUGUCGCAACAGAUUGAGACAGAGAGAACACAAAAUAAGUUGCAGGUCUCUACGCUGACGCAAUGCUACAAAACUCAAAUAAGCGAGUUGGAAGCUAAACUACAAAAAGAAAUUGAUUCGUUGAAGAAACAAUUGACGGCCGCUCAGGAAGCGAAGAAGUCUGGUAAUGUGGCCAUACCUCCGCUCGCAGACGCCAACAGAAACGAGUACAUGCUGCCAGUUAUUCCCAAAGAAGAGAGCAGUGAUGGCGAGAUGGACAUUAACGUCUCUAUGAUACCGAGGGAAGAAGGCGAGGGUUCUGAAUUCGCUCCUUCUCCGCCACCUUCAAAGCCCUACCUAUCCGGUGGGGCCAGCGGUCGAUCCCCAGUACCAUUGGAACGACUCUUGGAGGAAGGCGUUCCUGACGACGAGGCUAUGGACACUUCCUCCUUUGCACUGACACCUGAUCAGGAGAUCGCCGACCUCAAACGAAGACUCCAAGCUCAACAACAGAGGGUGAAACACGUGACAGUACUACUGUCGGAGUCUGAACGCGAGUGCGCGCGCAUGGCUCAGUUGAGCGAGCUGCUGAAGGCAGAGCUUCGACGAGUUCGGGGAGCCACACAGAACGCACACAACACCGAGUAUAUGAAAAACGUCACGCUUAAGUUCCUGACACUGCCACCCGGUGACGAGCGCAGCCGGCUGGUACCAGUGCUGCAGAAGAUACUCACACUCACACAAGACGAGACGCAGAAAAUCAACGCUGUCGCUAAAGGUUUGGACCCAAACCCAGGGAAAGGAUGGGGGAGCUACCUUCCCUGGCCAGGAGGGAAAUAACAACAAAUAUAUAUUUAAACGUAUCUAACAAAGUACGAUAGCCGUGAUCCAAGCAAUAGUGAAUUGUAAAUUAUCUGUGAUUCCAUUUAUCGACGAAACACUUUUUCAUUAUUUCAGGACUUUAUUGCAUUUAAGGCUAUAUUUUUUCGGCUAAGUGUAUCUUAUUGGAUAAUAAACGUUUCUAUUUUCAAAUGCUUAUAUUAUAAAAUUUAUAGUGAUAGCUUACAAUUAUUUAAUUAGCCAUAUGUAAAUAAGUAAUUGAGAGAUAAAUAUAGAUUUUUAUUAUAUUAUUCCUGUAGUUGUUAUUAAGCAAGUAGUCUGGGAAAGGAAAGCACUUAAUCAGAUUUUCUAAAGGUAUUGGGUAACACAUUGUAAUAGACAUUUAACCUAUCAUUAUAGCAAUAAAUUGUUGUUUUACUAAUGAUAUAUUAGCGUUAAUCGUUCAUUCCAGUCUUUUUAGUAUAAUGAAGGUAAUAAUUCCAGAAAGUGCAUUAUGUGGUUAAUAAUUACAGCAAUAAUAAACGAGGUUAUUGCAUAAUAACCGAUUUCAAUUGAUGAAUGAUGCAAUGCGGUGAUGUAUUAUAAUUGAUGCUAAAAAUAUUAUUUAAUGUCGUAUUGAGAACACCAAUAAUAAAAAAAAACAAAUGGUUAAUAUUUUACAUUCCGUAAAAUGUAACUGAUUCCACUUGCCUUAUUUGCUGUACACCUAGAUAGGUUUAUUCAUUUAGUAAUUUUGGUAAAUAAUUUAUAAAAAUAAGUUUUACUUUUGAACAAUCCACAUUUUUGAUGAACAUUAAUGACAACUUUCUUUGGUUUUUCUUCCAAUUGUGAUGCACAUCAAGUAUGUGUGAUGAAAAGUAGAGACACGAUCACCAAUAUAACAGAAAUAUUUUAUUCACGACUGUUACUAUAGAAUAAACUGUCUUCGGACACGGAGUAUAAGACGAUACUAUACAAACUUCAAUGCUUCAAGAAAACCCUUGGUGUGGCCGGUGUCCGGGGCGACGCUUACCAAAUCAUUUCCAUAAAAAAUCUCUUAAAAAAUACGGAUAGCAAAAAUUAUAGAUUUAAAAAAAAUAAAAUGUUGUAUUAGGUACAUACAGGUUGAUAUAAUCAAACAAGAAGUGUCCAUCAGUUAGUCCAUUUGAAAAUAACUGCUUAAACUGGUUUAUAGAUUACAAAUUAAACGUUCUCAUAGCCAAACUGUUUUCUGCAACUGCAACAUUGCGAGUAGAUGAAAUUAUAUCUAAGAAAACAAAAAUAGAUCACACGGAUAUGUUAUUGAAAUUAUAAUUUUUUAACGACUUAUUAAAUGAUUUGUUAUGCAAAAAU